AUGGUCGACGCCACCGCCGGUCACGAGUUACUCACCUUCAUGGACGCCUAUUCAGGAUACAACCAGAUACUUAUGUACCCAGAGGACCAAGAAAAAACUUCUUUUGUAACAGAUAGAGGAAAUUAUUGCUAUAAAGUUAUGCCUUUUGGUCUUAAAAAUGCAGGUGCGACGUACCAACGACUGGUCAAUAGGAUGUUCAAAGAUCAGCUCGGAGACACGAUGGAGGUGUACAUCGACGACAUGCUAGUGAAAUCAAAGAAGGCGAACAACCACGUGGAACAUCUGCGACAGUCGUUCGAAAUUUUAAGGAAAUACGGUAUGAAACUUAACCCAACUAAAUGUUCUUUUGGAGUGUCGGCAGGCUUCAGUUGGACCGACGACCAUGAAACAGCUUUGCAAAACCUAAAGAAAUAUUUGAUGACGCCACCCCGGCCUCCUGUCCAAACCCAAAGAAGGCGAAGUCCUGCAACUCUACCUCGCCGUCAGCACGACAGCAGUCAGUGCGUCACUGCCGCCAAGAAAUUAAGGCAUUACUUUGAAACUCACCAAAUAGUGGUGAUGACUAACUAUCCAAUCAAGUCUGUGAUGCGUAGGCCAGAACUAACAGGUCGAAUGGAGAAAUGGACAAUGGCACUUGGAGGAUUCGACAUCAAAUACCAACCAAGGACAGCUGUAAAGUCGCAAGCCCUUGCAGAUUUUGUGGCAGACUUCAGCCCCGACUUGGAGAAGAUAGCAGACGACGAAGUCAAACUCAUCAACAACGUAGAGGAAACAUGGACACUCUUCGUCGAAGGCUCAUCUAACUUUCGUGGUGCAGGUCUAGGCGUCGUGCUGAAAUCACCACAAGGGGACAUGAUAGCACAAGAAAUAUGCUGCGACUUCAAAGCGACAAAUAACGAAGCAGAAUACGAGGCACUAAUCGCCGGGAUGACGUUAGCUGGGGAGUUGGGAGCAAGCGGACUAAACAUCUUCAGCGACUCACAACUAAUCGUCAACCAAAUCAACGACGACUACGAAGCCAAAGACCUGAAAAUGACCUUAUAUCUCGAGAAAGACGUGUUAUUUAAGCGAUCGGCAAACGGAAUGUUGAUGCGAUGCGCAGAAAAAGUCGAAUGGGAAGGAUUACUGAAACAAUACCACGAAGGAGAAUGCGGCGGACACGAAGGAGGACGAAGCUUGUCAACCAGAAUCAAAAGGAACGGGUACUAUUGGCCAGCUAUGCUUAAAGACGCCAUGAGGUUCGGAAUACCAUCAGAAAUUAUAUGCGACAACGGGUCACAGUUCAUCAGCGACAAGACCAGGGCUUUCUGCAAAACAUGGAACAUCGAGCUAAAGACGUCGACGCCAAGAUACCCCCAAGCCAACGGACAGGCGGAGUCCAGUAACAAGACAAGCAUCGCAUCACUAAAAAAGCGCUUGGACGACAAGAAAGGACGAUGGGAAGAAGAGCUGCCAUCCAUCCUAUGGGCCAAUAGGACGACGCCUAGGACGGCGACGAGGCAGACUCCCUUCUCACUCGUCUACGGGUGCGAAGCAGUACUGCCUCCCGAAGUGACGUUGCCCAGUGCACGAUAUGGACUCAUGACACCAGAACAAAACGACGUGGAACUCAGUGAAAACCUUGACAACACCGAAGACUUCAGGGAAGCAGCGUUGAUAAGGAUGGCGUCGCAGCAACAGAUCGUGGCAAAAUGUUUCAACAAAAAUGUCAAAGUAAAAAUGUUCAAGGAAGGCGAUUGGGUGCUGUGCAAAGUAUUUCAAAACACGAAUGAACUAAACGCAUGUAAACUCGCACCAGCUUGGGAAGGACCGUACUUGAUCGAUAAAAUCGUCGGAAAGGGGGCAUACAGGCUCGUCAACAAAGACGGCAAGUCGGUCCCCCGAAGCUGGAACGCCACCCACCUUAAACUUUAUCACUUUUGA